GAGAAAACAAGCGAGAAGGCGGAGAUUUCCAAGAUAUAACAUGCUAUUCCAUCUUCCUUCACCUCAACUGUAGUAACCCACACAUUAAUUCACUAAAAAAUUUUGCUCCUUGUCAGUAUCAUCAUUGCACUCCCCCUGUCAUUACCGUAUAUAAUCUCUGCAAUUUCGAUUCCGUCUCAGUUCCAUGGAUGCCUCGGCUGCCAUCCGAUCCGUUCGCUACUCCAUAGGAACUGUGCAGCAAUUGCAGUCAAAUCUUGAGAAGCCAGGCAUAGUUCCAAUGCAUAGCGUUGGAUGGAACUCUCAGAGUGCACUAACACAUCGCUUGGACAAUGAUAAGAGGCACAUCAGUUCUCGAAUGACACGGAAGCAAACACGAGUAUUAUGUACAAAUACAGCUGAAGAUACCCAGCCUGCCAAAUCAAAUGCUUCUUUGGACAGCAGUCCACAAAACUCAUUGGCGAAGAAGCAUGUGAAAAGUACUUUUCCUAAUGGAUUCGAGGAUUUGGUAUUAGAGGUCUGUGAUGAGACUGAAAUUGCUGAGCUGCAAUUGAAGGUUGGAGAAUUUCAAAUGCAUCUCAAGCGAAAUGUUGGAGCAACAAAAGCUCCUUUGUCCAACAUUUCACCAACUACUCCACCGCCUAUUCCAACUAAACCCAUGGUUGAAUCAGUACCUGAUACCCCUCCGCCAUCACCACCAAAAUCAUCUCCAGAAAAGACCAAUCCAUUUAUAAAUGUUCCCCAUGAGAAAUCAUCAAAGCUGGCAGCAUUGGAAGCUUCUGGCACUAAAUCAUAUGUUCUUGUGUCAUCUCCUACGGUUGGCUCGUUCCAAAGAGGUAGAACAUUGAAAGGGAAGAGGCAACCUCCUAUAUGUAAAGAGGGUGAUGUAAUCAAAGCUGGACAAGUUAUUGGGUAUUUGGAUCAGUUUGGCACUGAACUUCCUGUUAAGUCAGAUGUGGCUGGAGAAGUUUUAAAGAUACUCUUUCAGGAUGGAGAGGCCGUUGGCUAUGGAGACCCUCUUGUUGCCAUCCUUCCUUCGUUCCAUGACAUCAAGUGAGGUCGCAUUUUCCUGUUGUUGACAAUUGUCACUCGGUAGUCGGUACUGAUUUGUUGCCGGGCUUUGAGAUGGGGAGUUUACUUUGAAGUCCUUUUUUUUAUUUAUAUAAUUAUUGGCGAUAAUAUCUAUUAUAAUUAAGAUAUAGAUUGUCCCUUUACCAGGGGAUGAGUGCUUCCGCGAAGGCCACUGUGUAACCAGAUAAUAAAUAUUCCAUAUUUACCCUAUUAUUAUUAUGUAACUGAGUAAAUGAUUUGUUUUGUACCGCUGAAAUCUAUCUUCUUUCCAUUUAGCAUGUGAUGUUACAUUUAAACUCAUUACUGUUUCUUUCCUCA